AUGCCACGCAAACGCGGGCCUGCUGCUCGGUCAGCGGUUCCAGUGCGCAGUGCCCCUCCAUGCGCUCCAGCCACCCGUGUGGACUCCUGCAGGAGCUCCUCUAAUGGCUUUCCGCCGCGGAAAAUUGAUCGAACGCCUCUAGAGCCUACCCAAGAAUCCAAUCCGUCCACUCUCGCUGAUACCGCAGCCCCUUCUCCUGCCGAAUUCGCAACAACGGGGGCAGACGCAGCCUCUGCACACGCUGCACUCGUGCACGGCUCACGAGCAACGGAGUUGACCGACGCCUCCCCCCCUCCGGCUUCUCAGGAAGACGCAUACUCGUUCCAUAGCCCACGGAGCUUCUUUGGCGAUUUCUCAGAUGGCAGCGGCCCCCUAACGCGAGCAGUUCCAACGGACGGAGGAGCUGUUAGAGUGGCUGCCCAACAGGACGUCGAAGGACCUAGGCAGCCCUGUACAUACACCAAAGAUUCAGAAGCCUCCACGCCCGGCCUUUCCUCACAGUUCACUACUGCGGAGAAGCUACCCCGUGUGACAUCCAAGCUGCAUGACACCGAACAGCCAGCGGAAGAAUACGCCGAACAGUGGGAGCAGAAGGACGCGUUGCCUCCGCCACGGCAAGACGAGGCAGAAGCGCACGAGCAGCUCUGCGAGCAGAAGCAGAAACAAGCCGCUGAGACAUGCACUGAGCCCGCUCGUGUAGCCUCCCGAACGUCCCCAUGGAGUGAGAGCGAUGGCGAAUGGAUUCGCCCCAAAGAUCUUCACAGAGAAAUCCGAGGAGCAGCUCCGCAAGAAAGCCGAAUUGAAGUAUCUCCAGUCCAUGAGCCAUGCCCAGCGGAUACUGGUGUUCAACAACACAACCCUGCGUCCCCCUACCCGCAAGCGUCGCAGCAGCAGCAACGGUCCCCUUUUUGCAUUAACGUGGAUCCACAAGCCAACGGAAGCGCGAACGCAGAGGGCAGUAGCAUUGAAAUGCUCAAGAGAAUGCUGUCCGACGAAGCGGAGGAGGCGAAGCAGCGAGACACUGCCACAUCUACCGCCAACUCCCCAGCCGUGGCACCCGCUCAAGGCAGUGCGAGUGGCCUUUUCUCACGCUUAUCGACGUAUACAGCAACUCUGGCUGGCUCCGCAGCAAGCUACUUUAGCACGCAGCAGCAAACGCAGCAGCUGCAGCCGCAUGAGGCCUCUUUAUUUGCGAUGGGGAAUGUGACCGAGGCGGACUCGUCAGAAGAGUUCCUUAGGCUGUCUUCGCAGCCCACAGAGAGUGGACAGCAAAGAAACAGGCUGUUUCAGGGCCUUAUAGAGUGGCACCGGUGCCUCCUAGAAAUGUAUGGAGGGACUGUUGAAGAUGUCACUAGGCUUGCCUUGCAGGUUCUCCCUGCCCACGCGACUGACGAGCACAGCGAGCGGAGGCUGCUGGUGCUUCAGGGGCUGUUUGACGUCUUCUGUCUGUACCGUGCCCACUUUCUUUCAUCUCCAGAGGAGCUUUUGCAGGCUGAGGCGCUGCAUUACCAGUGGAAGCUGAAAAGGACGCGUACACUGGAUUCCGGAGGGGCCUUGAGCUUCCAGGGCUCCUCGUCAGUGCCGCAUGCAUUUGACCAGAGGCACCGCUUGAAGGAGGGCAAGGAAAUUCAAGAUCUCCCUGUUGCGCUUCGGCUGGCCUUGUACGGCGCAGCUUCCCUAGCGCUGAAAGUCAUUCGCGUGCUCCAGCUGCUUCUGGAAAUCAAUGCUCUGAGGCGUGGAGGAGAGGGCCGCCGCUACACUCUGUGCCUUCGGCUCGAGCUGCUGAAACUUGUCCUCAAGAUGAUACUCUAUGCCCUCAUGCCCUUCUCCUUCUACUGCGACGAACAAAGCAUUUUCCACGCCCUGGAUACCUACAAAGAAAAACAGAUGACAGCCGAGACGCACAAAUCGAGGCCUUCCUACGGCCGGCGAACAGGCAGAAAGAUUCCUCCUCUCCCCUCUGCAGCAGCAACGCGCCACCCCAACGACGAACACGAAGCAGCGAUUGCGGCCGCUGCGUUGCAACAGAUACCUCGACAGUGGGCUCUUCUGGUGAUACUCUGGAUUCUGAAUGAGCUGAAGACCAACUUGUCUUGGGAGCGUCUCUGCGCCAUUGGCCGUCUCCUUAAUUCCACCUCCUGGCGGCCGAUACUGGGCGAGAUAUUGUAUCAUCUUCGCCCCUUUAUUCAUCUCUACCUUCUAAAGCGGGCCAGGAACAGCAAGUCAUGGACGCCCUGGCUGGCAGCCAUCUUCAUCGAGGCGAACUCAAUAUCUCUGUUCCAUGGGUGCCCCCAACUGAUGGAGCGUCUGUCGCCUAUAGAGGACGCGGAGCUUCACAGGCGCCUAACUGGUCUCCCCUACGCUUUGUUGCGAGCCCCGUUCUUUGACAAGUUCCUUGCGCGGCCAUUCGAGGCCAUCGACUUCGUCGUGCGACGAGUGCCCCUCCUCAAUCAUUUUAAGUGA